UGCGAAAGUAAAUAUUUGUUAUCCGCCAUCGCCUGCGUGUGCGUACAAUUCAAGCUAAUAAUAUUGAUCUUCAGCAUACAGUUAUAAUAUCUACGACAAAAUAAUACCGAUUUACAUUUAAAAAUAUUAUUAUUAUUAUUAUUAUUAUUAUUAUUAUUAUUAUUAUUAUUAUUGUGGCUUGAAUUAUCGUAUAUAUGUUAUCGUGUUUGGGACCGUUUAAAAAAUGCAUAGCUGGACAAUGAUUAUCGUGCUGGUGGUAGUGUUCGGAUUCGCCGUAGAGUUUCGGCCGACGGACCAUUUCAUGACCGCGUACUUCACCGGUCCGCGAAUAAACAUCACCACGGCUCAGGUAAAUAAUAUAUUCGAAAAAUAGCUCAGAAAUCGUCAAAAUAUCUUGAAAGUUUUACCGCGUCUAGAAAUGGCUAGUACAAUAUUAUAAUAUUAUAAGUCGGUGAAAAUGUGCAAGGUCUCUCUAUACGAUUCUUAUUUUCAACCGAAUUACAAAAACAAAAUCGAAAUUUCCAUAAGUUUUCCCGUUUUUCCCUAUCAUUCAGAAAAUUGCAAACAAUUAUCUCCUCAAUGCGCCAACCGCGUGAAAAUAAUACGGAGACAUAACCCUGUAUGAUAUGAUCAUUGUAACAUUUUUAAAUCGAUUAUCAUUAUUAUUAACUCGGUUUGAAAUAAUCCUCAAUAAAGUACACACUUUACACAAUAGUUCAGCAUACCUUCUUAAAAUACUCAUUUGAUAAAAAAAUUCUAACAGCUGGUAUUCGUUUUAAUAUUAAAUAUCAAAUCGUCACAAGUAUUAUAGAUACAGUUGUUUUGUAAGAUGCAUGCCUCGAUAUUUAAUGGUUUCUAAAAAAGAAAAAUUGAAAAUAUAGGGUAUUACAUAGGGUAAUUUAGUUUAUAUCAGCGUAUUCAACGAUAAAUCAUCGCAAACGAAAAACGAUUCUGAGAAAUGUUCGAUUUAACAUAUUUUGUUGAUACAAUUAAAAAUUAAAAUCGGCAUUUAAACGAAUUUUUUCAUAAAAUUUUAACUUUACACAAGCUGAUAAAAAAAAUAAAAAUAUAUAUAUUUAUAUUAGUAGACGUACGAGUAUUUGGUGAAAAUAUAAAGUUUUUUUUUUUUUAACCGUGUUAACUAGACAUUAUUUUUCAUUUUAACUUUUAACUAACGGGUUAAAUUAAUUUUUUGGUCACUUUGGAGAUUUUUUGGUAAAUUAUUAACUCGACUUUAUAAAAAGGUACCUACGAAUUAUUUAAUUUCAAAUGUUUAAAUAACUAUACAUUACAAUACAAUGCAGUUGUAUUAGUAUUAAACGGAACUAUAUUUAUUUAAUUCGUAUUUAAACGAAUACCUAUAUAAAUAGUUAUUUAAUCAAUAAUAUUGUUAACCCCAUUAGCCAAACACUUAUAUUAUUUAUUAAUUAUUGUUUUUGUAUACAUACCUAAAUAAUCAAUAUAGGUGACCGAUGAAUUACCACAUCUUGAAGACUAUUCCAGUAUUUUGGCUUUUUUGGUAAUAAUGAUAAUCACGGAUUACUAUUUACUUUAUAAACCGGUUAUGUUGUUCAACGUCUUUUGCGGAAUUCUCGUCUACGGCAAUCUCGUAAUGUUACCCAAUUUUCUUCGAUUAAAAGUAAGUAUUAUUGCGUAUCUGUACCUACGCAUUCAUAGAGUAAAUAAAUACGUUGUUAAUGAACUGCUAUAGAUAGGUUUAUAGUUUUUAACAAUAUAAAAUUGUCGUCGCAUCGAACAUUUUUUAUUUCUUUUAUUUAUACAGAUGGCCAAGCUAUGCGUGGCGUUUUUUAAAUCCUACGAGACCGUAUACUUCAGUUAUUUAUUCGCCAAAGUACAUGAUAAGAGAUUUUAUCAGGCAACAUCAGGUUUGGCCAGGACUGCCAUGUUGUUGGGCAAAUUUUGCUCGUCCGUGUUCGCCCAAACGUUAGUGUUUAAUUACGGAAAAUCGUACGCUAAAAAUUUACCUUGUUACACAUUGGGCAGUAAGUAAAAUACUAUACUAUAAAAUAAAAAUAAAAUAAAAUACUAUAAAAAUCAUUUAUAUAAUAUAUGAAUUUACUUCAAACGAUAUUUAGCAUUUCUGCAAAUUGAGUUUAUACAAACUCUUCUCUGGUAAAAUUAAUUAUUAGUUGCGCUAAUAUAAAUUAUUAAAAACCAAUAUCAAUUAAUGCAUUUUUACAAAAACAUAAUGUUAAAUCAAAAUUCGUAAUAACUCUGCACUCGUAUUCGUCAGUUAAUUAUAUCCAUAUAGAACUAAGCACCCAAGUGUACCUUUUACUAAAUUAUAGAUAACGUCAAAAGUAUAGACAUCUAAAGUUAUGUACUCUAAAAUCCUCAAAAAAAAAAAAUCAAUUCUUUUACAAACUUUUACUUUUUUUUAAAAUAAAACUCAAAGAAAAUAACGAUUCAUUACGACUUGAUUAAUAUUCUAUAUUUUAUAAUAAAUAAUAACAUUUAAUAAUGAGUACAAAAAUAACAAUUCUAGGCGUGAUUUUUGCAUUUGUUUGGGCGUCUUUUUUGCCGUCAGUAAGACAAAUUAAUUCCAACGACGAUGUUCUCGGAGAACUCGUGACGCAAAAUAACAACGGACAACCACAAUCAGAGGUAAAAACGAUUGAAAUGUAAUAUUAAAUCGAGUUUAUUAUUCGUAUAAGAGAAUAUAUUAUAUUUCCGAGUUAAUAUACUUAAUAUAUAUUAAUUAUAUAUAUGCCUCAAUAAAUAUUAUUUUUGAACUUAAAAUAUUGUAUAACGUAUUUAUUUAAUUUGUUAAGUAUAAUAUUUUAGAACAAAAUCGUUCAAUGUAAUACGUCUUGCGAAACAAUUCUAAUUCGAAUGUGGAAAGAUUUAAACGAAUCCUAUAGAAAUCCCAUUGUUUUAAAAUGGUCCGUUUGGUAUUGUUUGGCCCUGGUUGGCUAUAAAACAGUAAGUCGUCAUCAAGGGGUGUCUAUACGUUAUCAAUGUGCAAUCUAUACAAAUCUGUUUAUUAUUAUUUUAUUAUACAGAUAAAUAUGUCAUUCGUAACUCGUGGGUCGGAAAAAAACGAACAAAUGAAUGGAGUAGUUGAAUGUCUGACAACAUUAAUUGGUAAAUUACAUUACGUCUUGAAUUUAAAUUAACAAACUACCCAUAAAGUUAUCGGUUUAUAAUAAAAACGUUGGUUGAUCUACAAUAGUGUAUUACGUCAUAAAAUCGCUCCUAUACUAUACGCUUUUAAAAACGUUUAAACCGUCCAACACACGAGUAUUCUAACCUACCUAUUAAUAUGUUAUAAUUUUUAUUGAAUUUAUAAAACGACGUUGUAAAUUUAUAAUAUACUAUUACAACUAUUGAAUUACAGGCGCAGUCAUCUCUUACAAAAUUGGCGUCAAACGAGUAAAUUGGAAAUUAAAAAGUAACGCAUUCAUAGGAGCCGGUUCGUUGAUUCUCGGAGUGUGUGUGACGUUUUGUUAUUUUCACCAACAAAUAUUAUCCAUUCAGCUGUCAUACGUAUUAUUCGGAACGAUAAUCCAGGCUAUGUUUGUAGUAUCCUUGUAAGUAAAAGUGUUAUAAGUCCUUGUAAGUAGAAGGUAUUGCAUACAAAUCAUCAUAUAAAUAUUAUAAUCGUACAAAUAAAUAUUGUUGUGCAAGCAAUUGGAUUCAGCUGUAUUCAAUCUGGUCUAGUUAAUUUAUACAUAUGGGUGUACAAUUUGUAUGAUGGUUAAUUUUUCGAUUCCAUAUUACCUAUGUAAAAUAUUACACGAGAUCUCUUUAGUCACCACUUUUUUUAUUUACCUCUUCGUCUUUAACACACGCAAGCGGGGUUGACUUUUAAUUUUUGCCCUCCAUGUCUCCCUGAAACGUACGUUUACCAUUUCUUUGUCUGUAUCGUCUAAAUCGUUUCUAGAUUAGGUGCAGAUGAACACUAAAACUUUUGAAUAAUGAGUGAAGAAAAAUAACUUAAUAUAAUAUUCGAUGAAAUACUUGUAUUUACUAUAUAAGUUCGUAAUUGAUGAAAAAGAUUCUUCAUAUCAUAUUUAUUUGAUUUAAAUUUUUCAGUAUUGAUCGCUUAAAAAAUUGUUACUUUGUUUUUUUAUACUUUCAAAAACUGUUUGAAUAUUGACCGACAUUAAUUUUGACCAUUGGGUCAUGGGCUGCUAAAUACUGCAAAUUAUUUCGAAAUAUGUAAUACGAUGCAUAUAUGUAUAUACAAUUUACCUUUAUAAUUAAACAUCAUACAUUAUACAAUUAUACAUAUAUUUUUAAUCUAAUAGGUCAGAAACAGCGAGACACCUGAAAAACAAAUGUUACGCACUCGUAUUGUGUUUCAAUUCGUUGCUAUCCUUAAUACUACUAUUGUGUUACAAAGAAUUUUUUAUUUAUAGCAAAAUAUUUCAUAUCGAUGUAUCCAAACAGGUACGAAUUUAAGAUAAUUAAUUUAACAAUAAAUAUAAUAUUCUUUAAUUUAUUACAAGACUUAUAAGUUCUAAGUCUUGUAAAUAUUACUUUUAAUUAAUAAAGUAUAUAUUUUGUACAUACUUAUUUGUUAUUUAUUUGGAUUGAAAAAAUUGUUUUAAGAGAGAAGAAACCGAUAGUGUUUACGAAUUUUGUUUAUAUUAUAAUAUUGUACUUUAAUUUAUGAUAUAUUUUCAGAUUUUAUUAUUCGGUAGUUUAUACAUCAUAGUCGGAACAUUUUACUUGAUACCUUGUGUCAUAGCGUUUAACAGAAGACUGAAAAACAAAUGUCCCGUCUACCAAGUUACUGAAUAGUCAACAUUGAACUAUAGACUAAAUUUUUGGUCCCGCGGAAGGAGCUUAAGUAAAUUUUGUAUAUUUUUCAAUACAGGCAAAUAAAAUGUUUAGAAAUUACUAAUUGACAUAAUAGCAUAAUUGCUAAACGGCUGAAAAAUUAAAUGGCUUAACCUAAUUAAUAGUAUUCUAAAUUAAGCUUAAGACUUAAAUCACAUAAUUAUAUGACAUAAGGCUUUUUUCACCAAACAAAACGUGUAUCAUAGUGGCUUAAGAUACAUGUUUUAAAUUUCAAUAUAACAUGUGUCAGAAAUACAUAUACACUUAUGUAAUUAAAACCAAAAAAUGAAGGAAAACAAAUUACACAAGACGACAAUUAUUUAAAAAAAAUGCCAAUACUUAAAUUAAUUGAUCAAUAGUCAAUACUUCAGUUCUUUUUCCCUGGGACCAAAGAUGUAUAUAUAUAAUCAAUUAUUAUAUAACAUUUUUUGUAAGAUCAGCAUGUUUAAAAUAUAAUUUAAUGAAAACUUAAUGAACUAAAUCAUUAGGUAUUCCAAAAUACAAUCUGAUCUCACGCGUCAAAUAUACUGCAAGAUAAAAUAUACAUUUUUUUAUAAGAAAGAUAUUAAAGAAAAUAAAAUGAUAGUUUAUAUACUAGUUGAUAUAUGUGAAUUAAUAUUUAAUAUGUAUAAUAUAGUAAUAGAAUGAAUAAUAAGAAAUCAUUUUUAUUUAUUUCUUUGAUAUUACGA